GGGCGGCAUUGCAGGAGCCGCCUCAGGCGGCACUAAGGUACGAAUCGGCGCUGGAUAUCGUGGGGCCCCUUUUCAACAUCACAAUCAAAUCUGGGCGAGUAUCAGCAGUGUAUCUGCCUCACUACGUGUGUCUGAAAGGAGGAGACGUGGAUAAAGCAAUGUUCAGAGUGGCCCAUUAUAAAGAUGACAUUAUCAUCCUGGAAUCCCCAGUUAGCGUUGAACCUUUUUAUGUUGUUCUGGAAAAUCCCACCUUCUCCCCAGUGGGGGUUAUUAAGCUAAAACCAUUACGUAACAUACUCAGGAGGAAAAUCCCGACUCAUGGCAUUGUCAUGUUAUACAGCAGAUACAAAACAGGUUACACCAUUCAUCUCUACUUGAUGCCACAUGAUCUCUCAUUAAAGCAGGCUGUGCACAAUAAGGAGACUGGGAAUUGUUUUUACUGGGUGGACAAACCUUACUGGAACACCAUUAUACACACUAGGAGAAUAUACACUGUGGAGGGACCUGAGGAAGCAGAAAUAAAUCCAAAGGAACUUGAGCUGCGAUUGGAUGACAAGUCUGAGCUGUAUAAUUACAGUGAGAUAUACUUGAAGAAAAUUGAGGAUAACAUUUUGUUAAAACUGACAUGCAGAGAUGACGACAAACUAACAUGACAAGCUCAGCUCAGGAAAGCUGAAUAAGUUGCAGCGUCUCCAGGUGACAGACAGCGAGGAUCUGAAUAUAAAGCUGGUCACUAACUGUGUUUCCUUUCUUAUUUCCAGAAG